CGCCGCGAACCGGUCGAGUGUCGGUUUUUUGGCAAAGUUCAAAGGAUGAAUGUGCGGGCGCCCGGCGACUGUUUACACGCGCGCGGGCAAUCAGUCUCUCCUGCGCUUUCGCGACGAGUGGACGAGUGGAGUAGAUAAUAAACAUGGCUGAAUGGUCAAACGAAACUAUUUUGGCGUUCCUGGAACAUUACCAGGAAGAAGAGAUUUUAUGGAACCCAGAACAUAAACACCAUAAAGAUAAAAAAAAAAUUCAAGAUGCUUGGACGAGAAUAGGGAGAAUACUUAAUUUAUCAAUAAAAGACUUAAAAACAAAAAAGGAUACCCUAAUGGGAACAUUUCGGCGCCAUCUCAAAAAAAAACAAGAUUCAAUGCGAUCUGGUGCAGGUAGGUAUUUAUGUUUACUUUACGUACUGUUGUACAUUUUCAAAAGCUAAAGAUAAAAACAUAAUUAGUUAAUUAUUUAUUUUACCUUGGCUUAGGCCAAGAUUGUUUUGGUUUCAAAUCCGAAGGACCCAAGUUGGAUUCCCGUAUGUGGUAGGUACCUACAUCAUUUUAGUGAUUAAUCAUAUUUUUCAGGGAGUGACGAGAUAUAUGAACCCAUUUGGUUUGCAUACCAGAUGAUGGAGUCCUUUCUGCUGCCUGUUUAUACCUGUAGGGCUACACUCAACACAGAAGAGACACCAUCAACGUCAUCACCAUCAGAAUCACAUGAUUCACAAAUACCAAAGGGACCUUUUGAAAAUGAAACAACACCGGAACUAUACGAAACUAUCGACAACGGAAGAACUUAUAGCGAAGUGAUGGAAACAAUCCAAUCGCCAAGGACUCCAACCUCACAGAUGCAACUUACUCAAGCAAAAAAUAGCCGUCGUCGUUCAGUACCUAAUACAGCCGAGCAGCAAAUGGCUACAGCAUUCGGUCAAUUGACUAAUAUUUUAGGACAACGUCAAUCACAUACUGCAAUUAAAGAAGAUGAUGAAUGCGAUCUCUACGCCAAGCUUUUGGCUACAAAACUGCGAGAACUAUCCAAAGACGAACGCAAAUUAGUCAUGUAUGAAAUAGAUGGCAUAUUUGUUAAUAGAAUUCAGUGCAGGCUACCUAGACGUGAAACACCAUCUCCACUGUAUUCAAACCCAUAUUCUAGACCACCGUCAGUAUCGACUUCAUGCAGACCACAAGCGAAGCGAAGCCGACCUUCAAGUACUUUAAGCUCAUAUUCCGAACCAAUUUCAACCAUUCAUGCAUCAAAUCAACCUGUUGAACUCUCAGAUCAACGCAUAUCUAUUCAAUGUGCAAACGACCUUUUAAUGCAAACCCCAUCCUUUCAAUCUGCAACUGCACACUCAAUCCAACCCCCAUCUUUUCAGUCCGCAAACACACAUUCACUAGUCCAGUCAGACAUUUAUUCAGUUCAAUCUCCAUAUCUUCUAUCCACAAACACGUACUCAACCCAACCUGCACACACACAAUCCGCAAUCACGUAUUCAAUCCAACCUGCACACACACAAUCCGCAAACACGUAUUCAAUCCAAACUGCACACACACAAUCCGCAAAUACGGACUCAAUCCAGAGUAAACGUAACAUUAUACAAAUUGCAUUAGGAAAUUCAUUUGAAGAUCCAAAUGAUCUAAUGAAACAAGUGAACCAUGAAUGAACCUAAUCAUUAAUUGUCAUUGUUUGCCAAAAAUUUUGUUGUCAGUGUCUGAUUUUUGUCUUUGAUAUUAUAUUAGUUCAGUAAUUUUAAGUAAUUUGUGGUGAUUUUUGUUUAUUUUGUCAAUAAAAAACCUUAAAAAUAUAACUACCUUUACUUCAUCUUUUAGAACUUCAUUGAGUGCUCUAGUGACUUCCCGUAUAAUUCCUGAUAUAGAUGCUUUGGAGACUUUAAACAGAUAGUGUAGACUUCUGUAGCUAUCACCAGAUGCUAAAAAUCUUAGCGUCAUGAUAAGGCGA